GUCACAUGACCUGGGCCUACUAGCCUUGGUUGAACAGUCUCAGUGGGUGAGAACAUCCCGUUUCUCCCCCUCAUGGCUGAGAAUCCUGGUUCCCCAAGUCAUGGCAGCCUGAGCCCAGAGGGGAUUCUCAGAGAGAUCCAGGUCAACUUGCUGGAGUGUAAAGUCUGCUUUGAGAAGUUCAGCACUCGCCAGAGGGAGCGCAGACCGCAGAACCUUUCCUGUGGCCAUGUACUCUGUCUGGAAUGCAUCACAGCUCUGUCCCACCCUCUCCUGAGGAAGCUGGAGUGCCCGUUCUGUCGACAGCUGUGCAACACUGACAGCACCUCCCACUGCCAGGCUCUGACUGACCUCCAGGAGCUGCUGUUGUCCAGGACACCCAGAUCUCCUGUACCCCACAGGGCAAAGGGAGGCCUUGGCUUGGUUGGAGGUCCGAGCUGUGGGGCUCUGCAGCUCUGCACAGCUUUUGGUGGCUGGGGUACACUCAUCAACCCCACAGGCGUAGCUGUGUUUGGGUCAUCAGGGACAGUAGUGGUGGUGCAUGAUGGAGACAAGAGGGUGGUGGUCUUCAGUCCUCAGGGCAGGAAACUACACAGUUUCGGGCGGAGAGGACAAGCCCCAGGUGAGAUUUGUUACCCAGUGGAUGUGGCAGUGACUCCCAGUGGUCAUGUGGUGGUGACUGAUGCAGGAGACAACGCAGUGAAGGUUUUCACCUCCAGGGGGAACCAUGUUUUGACAACCAAGGAAUCCUUCCAGCUGCCAUGGGGUGUGGAUGUAAACAGCUGUGGGCACAUCCUGGUCUCAGACCUCCAGGCUGGCACACUGUCCCAGCUCACAGUGGACUAUACUCAAGGUGUGACUCUAGAGCACCAAACAGUUGUUCCUGACCUUCAGCAUCCCAAAGCAGUGUCCUGCUGCAAGGUGACAGGGCACACGGCGGUGGUGGAACAUCUUCAUGAUGACACACAACCACGUGGGAACCGCCACAACACGAGGCUGAGAGUGUUUGCAAAGGACUUCCAGCUCCUUUAUCAAACAGACAGUUUCAGUCUCACCCUGGGCUCCAGGGUCUGGCUGUGCAUGUCUGCUGUGACUUUUGACAAAGAGGGAGAUGUGAUUGUCACCGACUCCAACAAGGGGAUGAUUUGGAGUUUGGGGAAUCUGCAGAAUGGUCCAACCCUAACCCCCCUUAUAAGAGACCACCUGAUCCACCCAGUUGGGCUGGUGUCAGCUGUGAGCAACACACUCCUCAUUCUGGACAGUGGAGACCAUGCAGUGAAAAUGUAUUCGGCCAAAUCUGAUGCUGUUUAAUAGUGUGUGAAAGGACUGAAGUAUGUGAAAUCGAGCACCUCACGGGUUAAACGUUUGCAGAAAAUGAAAUUAGAUUAAUAUAAUUUAUUUGAAGUGAAUGCACAAAAUUGUAUUUUUUUUCUGUCAUGUGACACAGUUAAAUUGUGCAAAGCAUUUACACUUAAUGAUCAUGCAAAUAACCUUAAAUGUUCAAGUUAUUGUGCUAUUAUGUUUGAAAAUGUUGAAAAUCUUACAGCAUUUCUUCUUAUUUAUGUAAAAUAAAGGCUGU